UCAAUGCAACCCUGCAUUUGUUGUCAACGUGAAUCGCUCUUUCAGUGUAAUUUGCCGAUGGUUUGCAGAAAAAAUAAUAAAAUUUCAAACAUUGGUAAUAAAAGCUUGUUAAAUACCAGAUUUGUGUUUUUAAAUGUUUAAAGGUAGUGGAGGAAAUUGAAAUAAAAUAUAAAUAUGACGGACAAAAAUUCUGAACAAAGCAUUAUGGAUAAGUCCAUGCGAUCCGUUUUCGUGGGCAAUAUUCCGUAUGAGGCAACAGAGGAGAAACUUAAGGAGAUUUUCAGUGAGGUUGGACCCGUAAUUUCCCUCAAGUUGGUAUUUGAUCGUGAAAGUGGAAAACCAAAAGGUUUCGGCUUUUGUGAGUACAAAGAUCAGGAAACGGCACUUAGUGCAAUGCGAAAUCUAAAUGGUUAUGAAAUCGGUGGACGCACUCUACGUGUAGACAACGCUUGUACUGAAAAGUCACGUAUGGAAAUGCAACAGCUGCUGCAAGGUCCUCAAGUUGAGAAUCCUUAUGGCGAACAUUGUGAUCCUGAUCAGGCACCAGAAAUUAUCACAAAAACCGUGGCGUCGUUGCCACCAGAGCAAAUGUACGAGUUGAUGAAGCAAAUGAAACUUUGCAUUCAAAAUAAUCCCUCAGAAGCACGUCAAAUGUUGAUGUUAAAUCCACAAUUAGCAUAUGCUUUACUACAAUCCAUGGUUGUAAUGCGUAUAGUCGAUCCGCAAACAGCAUUGGGAAUGUUGUUCAAAGCAAAUCAGAUGCCUCCAGUUCUUGGUGGAAAUCCAUUGUCUGGUAGUGUACAAUCGCAAAAUAUUUCAUCAAACAUCAUGCAACAAUCACUGCAACAACCGACACAGCCACCGCCAUUGGUUGGAGGGCAACCAAUGCCCGUGCCUGGUCCGAACUUCAAUGUUAUGCAAGGCGGCGAUAUUGAUUUAAGAGCUAUGAAUAGCCCUGCACUAGGUGGACCUGGUGGCAUGGACCCAAGACAAAUGGAUCCACGCAUGGCACGAAAUAUAGAUCAAGAUAUGCGCGCUAUGCCGAAUCCCGUUCCGCCACCACUAAUGGAUCCACGAGCACAACGACAAAUGCCACCACAACAGGUGAAUCCACAACCAUCUUUUCCAACCGAUCCUCGACAACGUCAAAUCGACCCCCGACUACGAGGAAACGCAGCGGGUCCAUCCGGCAUACCAGGUCCGACAAUGUCACAACAACAACAAACAGCUCAGCAGCAGCUACAAAAUCGUCUGGCUUCGAAUUGUGGCAUACCCAACGAUGCAACGGAUCAGGAGAAAGCUGCUCUCAUUAUGCAGGUGUUGCAGCUAUCUGAUGAGCAGAUUUCACAAUUACCACCGGAGCAACGCGCUAGCAUUUUGGUACUCAAAGAGCAGAUUGCAAAGAGCACACAGCGUUAAUAUCCAAUACAAAAGAUAUACAUAUGUAAAAUAUUUAAAUUCAUAUGACUUAACUAUUUUCAAUUUAAUAAUAGGUACCAAUACAAUUUAAACAUGGUUAUUUGAGACACAAUAAAAAAUGUAACAUUCGAUUAUAAAAAUAA